AUGGCCCAUUCGCGCAACACGAAGCCGCUCUGGCUCAUCGAGCCCCGCCUCGACGCUACAGAGUACCGCGACAAGCUGAUCGGCAGCGUCAUCAAGCACCCCAAGAGGCCGACGGAGAAGCGGAUCCCCUACCGGAGCUCGAAGCUGGCGCGGGACAUGAUCCCCAACCUGGACCCGAAGCCCAUGCAGGUGCAGAACGUAAAGUUCUGGCAGCGGCGGAUGCGCGACGCCUCGGUGUCGUCGUCGUUCAACGACAUCCUCGACUUCUUCGUGGAGAGGGCCAAGUCCGUCAGCCGGGAGAAUGAGGCGACGGUGGCGCGCAUCUGGCACAUGGACUCUCCCGGGGACAAGUUCAAGGACCUACUGCAGAACAAGGAGUACUUCCAGGAGCUGUUCGACAUGCUAAGGGGCGCGGACAACCAGCAGGGGUAUUUCGUUACGGACGUCGUGACGCUGGUGAACCUGGCUGUCACGGACGAGAACGGGUCUUCGUUUGCUGGUGGUGGGGGCAUCAAGGCGCCCAUACAGGAGGCGACGGGAUUACCGAUCAAUGUCCACAUGGGCGGGAGGUACGGCGUGUCGAGGGAGCAGGGCAAGUCGGUGACGUACGAGGGCGAGCUGGUCGUGUUUUUGGGGUACAGGCGGGUGAACCUGGACAAGGUGGUGGGGAUGCGGUCCAAGAUUGAGAGGGCGCUCCGGUGGGACAAGCACGGGUUCACGAUCAAGGAUGGCUUCGACUACUGGCCCGAGCUGGUGGAGAACCCGGUUGAGGGGGACACUGAGUCGUUCAUGAACCCACCAAAGCCUGGCGAGCCGAAGGAGGCGAAGGAGGCGGAGGAGCCUGAGGGGCAUAAGGAGGUGGUGGAGGUGAUGGGCUUUGACUGCGCUGUUGUGGGUUAG